CUUAAACUCAACCAUUUUUUAAUACAUACUACAUCACAUCCUUCGCAUUCUAUAAAAAGGUAGAAUUGUCUUCUGCUUCAAAUAUCUUCCAUUACUGUAAAGUUCCCAAACACACACACAUAAACAUAGUAGAAGUUGAGAGAAACCCAUUUCAGUUUUUGGAUUUCUCCAACAAUAAGUAAACAAAAACUACUAGAUUCAUUACAAGAUCAAGAAAAAUAUAGAGAUAGAGAUUGGAAGAAAUGAGGGGUUCUGGAGGUCCAUUGUUGUCACUUGUUAUAAUCAUUCUCUUGGCUUUGUUACAAACAUCCGCAUUUGCUGUUAAGCCUAUUAGUAGGCCUGGUAAAAAGUCUUAUAUUGUGUACAUGGGUGCACACUCACAUGGAGCACAAGUUACAUCAGCAGAUCUAGAUAAAGUAACUGAUGCUCAUUGCGAGUUAUUGAGUGCUGUUGUAGGAAGUCAUGAAAAGGCUAGAGAAUCAAUGAUUUAUUCGUACAGACAUUACAUAAAUGGUUUUGCUGCAGUCCUGGAUCAGCAUGAAGCAGAUGAAAUCUCAAAAUACCCAAGUGUUUUCUCUGUUUUUGAAAACAAAGGAAGGAAGCUACACACCACCCACUCAUGGAACUUUCUUGGACUAGAAUCUGAAAGUGGUGAUGUUUCGCCUCUCUCGGCAUGGAAUAUAGGGAGAUAUGGCGAAGAUACAAUCAUCGCUAACCUUGACACUGGAGUGUGGCCUGAAUCAAAGAGCUUUAGUGAUGAAGGAAUGGGACCAAUUCCGUCCAGAUGGAAAGGAACUUGUCAGAAUAACACCAAAGACGGAGUUCCUUGCAACAAGAAGUUGAUUGGAGCAAGAUACUUCAUCAAUGGGUAUGCUGCAGGAGUAGAUUCCUACGAAAUCCCGACAAAUUUAUCAGCACGUGAUUAUGAUGGACAUGGCACCCACACACUGUCAACGGCUGGUGGUAACUUUGUAUCAGGUGCUAAUGUGUUUGGUUUUGGGAAGGGUACAGCCAAAGGUGGAGCCCCAAAAUCUCGUGUUGCUGCUUACAAAGUCUGCUGGAAACCUAUAAACGACAGUGGAUGUUAUGAUGCUGAUAUUAUUGCUGCAUUUGAAGCUGCAAUUCAUGAUGGUGUUGAUAUUAUAUCGGCGUCUAUUGGUGGACCGCCUGCUGAUUACUUCAGUGAUGGCAUUGCCAUUGGUUCAUUCCAUGCCGUGAAGCAUGGUAUCACUGUCGUCACAUCAGCCGGUAAUAAUGGAGCCGUGGAAGGGGGAGUCUCUAAUACCGCUCCUUGGUUAAUAACAGUUGGUGCUAAUACGAUUGACAGGGAAUUCCCCGUUGAAAUUGGUCUUGGCAACAGGAAGCACCUCAAGGGUCAGAGUUUGUAUCCAAAAGCGCUUCCAAUUAAGAAAUUUUAUCCUUUGAUAAACGGGACAUCUGCAAAAGCAGCAAAUUCGACAGAUGAAGACGCACGGUUGUGUUUUGCUGGGUCCCUUGAUCCUGCCAAGGUUAAGGGUAAGAUAUUGGCAUGCCUUCGAGGCAUAAGUGGUCGAGUCGAAAAAGGUAUUGUGGCACUCCAAGCUGGUGCCGCUGGAAUGAUUCUAGCCAAUGACGAGGCAAAUGGACGUGAAACUGUAGCGGAUCCUCAUGUUCUUCCCUCUGCGCACAUCACCUACAGUGAUGGUCUGGCCUUGUUCUCUUACAUCGGUUCAACCAAGUCACCGGGUGCUAUUAUGACACGAGCAAGAACCCAGUAUGGAGUUAAUCCAGUUCCUGUGGUGGCAGCUUUUUCAUCUAGAGGACCCAAUGUUGUUACUCCUGAGAUCCUUAAGCCCGACGUCACUGCACCAGGAGUAGAUAUUAUAGCAGCAUUCACUCAAGCAAUAGGCCCGGCAGGUGAAACAGAUGACCGUCGAGUUUUUUUCAAUACCGAGUCUGGAACUUCAAUGUCUUGCCCUCAUAUUGCUGGUGUGGCUGCCCUUAUUAAAACAGUUCACCCUGAUUGGAGUCCAUCUGCCAUCAAAUCAGCAAUUAUGACUACCGCAAGGACCCAAGAUAGUCAGAAGGUUGCAAUGCGCAAUUCGUCAAACCUCCAGGCAACACCAUUCAAUUAUGGGUCAGGACAAGUGAGACCCAACGCUGUUCUGGACCCUGGUUUGGUCUAUGACGUAACUACCAAUGACUACUUGAACUUCCUCUGCGGACUUGGCUACGAUGAAUCCCAACUCAAGCCUUUCACCCCAGACAUGCCUUAUAAAUGCCCCGAGUCGUACACACUAACAGACUUCAACUACCCUUCUAUCACCGUACCGGAUCUCCAAGGUUCAAUUACUGUAACUAGAACCGUUAAGAAUGUUGGUUCUCCUGGUACUUACAAAGCUCAGAUACAUGCACCUCAAUGGAUAAGGGUAUCCGUUGAGCCAAAAACAUUGACAUUCGAGAAGAUCGGUGAGGAAAAGAUGUUCAAGGUGACUCUCAAGGCUGUGUAUUCUUCGGAGCAAUACACAUUUGGGAGGCUAACAUGGACUGACGGUGUGCAUUUUGUGCGGAGUACUAUAGUAGUGAGGGGAGCUCCUGGGCCGCUAUAAGAUUUUUACUGAA